UCGCAACCCGGAACAAAAACUUUACAAAAUAAAAGCUGCGAGUCUUCUAAGCGACAUUUCUGCGCUCAGCUGCAAGAAGAUAGUGCAAUAAGUGCCUUAUUUCACUUUAUUCCGAUCAUUUGUCAUGACUUUACGUGCUCGUCUGAGAAACAAUGAAGGCGCGCUCCUCUUGGACGGCGGACUAGCGACACAACUGGAGGCUCAAGGUGCGAAGUUGCAGGGAGACCCCCUGUGGAGCGCCAGGCUUUUGCACAGCGACCCCCAGGCCAUUAGCGACGCCCAUCACAGCUUCCUCCUGAGCGGCGCCGACGUGAUCAGCACGGCGACCUACCAGGCCACCAUUCCGGGCUUCGUCCGACAUUUAAAGGUGAGCUCGGACGCCGCCAGGGAGCUGCUGGCGUCCGGCCUUCACCUCGCCAAACAGACGGUGGCCGCCUACGCGUCCCAGGCCGCCUUGCGAGGCCGAGCGUGUCCGCUGGUGGCGGUCUCAGUGGGACCCUAUGGCGCCUCUCUGCAUGACGGCUCAGAGUACACCGGUGCCUACGCGCAGACCAUGAGUGUUGAGGAGCUCAAAUCCUGGCAUCGGCCUCAGCUGGAAUGUUUGGCGGCGGCGGGAGCGGACCUGCUGGCGUUGGAGACCAUCCCGAGUGUGAAGGAAGCCCAGGCGCUGGUGGAGCUCCUGAGAGAGAUGCCCGACUGCCAGGCCUGGCUCUCCUUCUCCUGCAAGGACGGGGCACGCCUGGCUGACGGCAGCCCGUUCGGCGACGGCGUCCGCGUGGCCGGCAGGUCGACGCAGGUGCUGGCCGUGGGCAUCAACUGCUGUCCUCCCGAGUGGGUGGAGCCUCUGCUGGCCUCGGCCGCGACGCUGAAGAGUCCUGACGUGAGCUGGGUGGUGUACCCCAACAGCGGGGAGGAGUGGGACUCGGAGCGAGGAUGGCGAGCAUCAUCUGUGAAAACGUCGAUACCGGCAUUAAGUCACACGUGGAUCAAACAAGGCGUCGCUUUGAUCGAAAGACAAGAAACAAGAUCCAAGUGUCACAUUAUGUCAGGGGUGUCCAAGGUGCGGCCUGAAGACCAGUUUUUGAAAGGCCCUUCUAAAAUGUCUAUUAAAAAUAAACAUGAAAAAGGUGAAACACACAUGGCUCUACAGGAUAUUUUCAAAUGUACCUCAGGAUUGGCUGAAAAGAAGAGAAACACUUGAUGAAUAUCCUACUAGUGGCUGGUAAAAAGAGCAUUACCAGGAAAUGGAUAUCACAGGAGAGCCCAACUUUGAAGCUAUGGAUGGAAAUCACAAUGGACGUUUAAAAAAUGAAGCAGAUAACGGCUUUUAUUAAUUACUAAAUUGGAAAAAUGUACUUCAUACUGGGAAAACUGGGUCAAUUAUGUCACGCCCCUUAAGCCUAAUUUUAUUUUCUUAAAGUAAUGAUUGUACUGUUUAAAAAAAAAAAAGAUUACCCCAUAUAGGUUUAUAGUUUUUAUUGUAUUUAUUUCUUAUCUGUUUAUAUUAUUUUAUUUUUUAUUAUUUUUAUUUGUUAAUAUUAUUAUGACUUUGGUUUUUUUUUUGUUUUUUUUUGCUGUUUUUCUUUUUUCGUUGGGAUAUAAACAAAAAAAUAUUAUUUUGACAUUUAGAGCAGGCAAUAGAUGUAUGAUGUAAUGGAUAGGAAUGUCUGAUGCUGGAUGUCAAACAUUUAAUUAAAAAAGGUGAAAUGUAAUGAGAAAAAGUUGACAAUAACAAAGCUGUUUUUGCCUUUAAAACUGUCAUGGCUCAAAUAAUAAUGAAUCAAAAUCAAUGGUAUGAAUUAUUGACCGACUCGAGGCUACAAUUACGUCACAUCAAAUAUUACACUUUGAAAUAUUUAUUGGGGGAAAUAUUACAUGGCAGUAUAAAAAAGGGCGUAAAACAAUGAAAAAAAAACUCAUACAAAUGUAUAAUCGACAGAGCUGAAGUUGAUCGAGAGACCUAAGUGGUCAAAG